AUGGCCUCUCGUAGUGUGGGCACUCUACUGACUGAGUUCAAUGCCACCUUUGUGCCCCCCGCCCUCAUGCCCGGGUACCAAGGUCAUAUCCCUGGCGUGGCCUACUCCUUUGGCUCCCCCUAUGGCACCACCACCCUCAAGUACUUCCAGGACCACCGCAAUACAGCCAUGGAGAAGAGCCUUAUGGCCCUGAGUGGAGGUGGCCGCUUCCCAACCAUCUUCUCCCCCAGCCCCAGCAGGAUGCUGAUUGCACGCUUGCAGUCAUGGGACCGCUGGCUGCACGUGCCCACUUACACUCGCUUCAAUCUGGAUAGCAACCGCUCUAGCCAACUCACUGACUUCUACCAGACAGUACAGCAGCAUCGGAAAUACUACCUGGACAAGACUGGCAUGGUCCCCCGUGUUCCCUACUUCGUGCUGCCUGUGAAGGAGCGAGAACGGUACCCGCUCCCCACUGACCUGCCUCCUCUGUGCCCAAAGAAGAAAUGGCAUCUUUUAAGAGUGUCCCCUGACAACCUGAAGACCUAUCAGACCUUCCCAUCAGGGAAGAGGGUCUCCUCACAAGAGCGACAGAAGAGAGACUGCUACUUUGAGUUCAGAGCAUGA